GGCGGCGGUGGCAGGAUGAGUGCGGAGGCGGCGGACCGGGAGGCGGCCACCUCCAGCCGGCCCUGCACCCCGCCCCAGACUUGCUGGUUUGAGUUCCUGCUGGAGGAAUCGCUGCUGGAGAAGCAUCUGCGUAAGCCCUGCCCGGAUCCUGCACCAGUUCAGCUUAUAGUUCAGUUUUUGGAACAAGCUUCUAAACCUUCAAUUAAUGAACAGAACCAAGUUCAGCCUCCAGCCGAUAAUAAGAGAAAUCGAAUUUUAAAACUUCUUGCUCUUAAAGUUGCUGCACAUUUGAAAUGGGAUUUAGACAUACUAGAGAAAAGCUUGUCUGUUCCAGUUCUAAAUAUGUUACUAAAUGAACUGCUCUGUAUCAGUAAAGUUCCUCCAGGGACAAAGCAUGUAGAUAUGGAUCUAUCUACAUUACCUCCUACUACUACUAUGGCUAUACUACUCUACAAUAGAUGGGCAAUUAGAACAAUUGUUCAAAGUAGCUUCCCCAUCAGACAGGUGAAGCCUGGACCCCCCCAACUGAGUGUUAUGAAUCAAAUGCAACAAGAGAAAGAAUUAACAGAUAAUAUUUUGAAAGUGCUAAAAGAACAGGCCAAUGAUUCUAUUCUAGUAUUAGAGGCAGCCUUGAAGCUAAACAAGGAUCUUUAUGUUCAUACAAUGAGAACACUGGAUUUAUUGGCUAUGGAACCGGGUAUGGUAAAUGGAGAAACAGAGAGUUUAUCAGCUGGAUUAAUAAUAAAAACCGAGGAAAUGCAAUGCCAGGUAUGUUAUGAUUUGGGUGCGGUUUACUUUCAACAAGGUUCUACAAAUUCAGCUGUUUAUGAAAAUGCAAGGGAAAAAUUUUUCAGGACCAAAGAAUUGAUUUCAAAGAUAGGCUCAUUAUCUCUUCAUUGCUCCAUAGAUGAGAAGCGGUUAGCUGGCUAUUGUCAGGCUUGUGAUGUUCUUGCACCUUCUGAUAACACAUCACAACAAUCAACUCCAUAUAGUCAAAUCCAUAUCUGUAUGAGGUCAGGCAAUUUUCAGGAGGUGAUAAAUAUAUUCCUUGAAGAUAAUCUAACACUGAGUUUACCUGUUCAAUUCAGGCAGUCGGUAUUAAGAGAACUUUACCAGAAAGCUCAGCAAGGAAAUGAAGCUCUCGAUGAAAUCUGUUUUAAAGUUUCUGCCUGUAAUACAGUACGGGAUAUACUUGAAGGUAGAACCAUUAGUGUACAGUUUAACCAGCUAUUUCUUCGACCUAACAAAGAGAAAAUAGACUUCCUUCUUGAGGUAUGUUCAAAGUCAAUAAACUUGGAACAAGCUUCAGAAACUUUGAAAGAAAAUAUGGCUGCUUUUCUAAAAAAUCUCUGUUUGGGAUUGGAUGAUCUUCAGUUUGUCUUUAUGAUUUCUUCUCAUGAACUCUUCAUUACAUUGUUGAAAGAUGAUGAACAGAAGCUACUUAUAGAAGAAAUGAGGAAAAGAUCACCUAGAAUAAAUCUGUGCACCAAACCUGUAACUUCAUUUUAUGAUAUCCCAGCUUCAGCAAGUGUCAACAUUGGGCAGUUGGAGCAUCAGCUUAUAUUAUCAGUGGAUCCUUGGAGAAUUCGCCAGAUUUUAAUUGAAUUACAUGGCAUGACUUCAGAACGCCAGUUUUGGACAGUAUCUAGUAAGUGGGAAGUACCAGGUGUUUACAGUAGUGUUAUUCUAGGAAUUAAAGAUGGUUUAACAAGAGACUUGGUUUACAUUCUUAUGGCAAAAGGCUUACAUUGCAGUAUUGUUAAGGACUUUGUCCAUGCUAAACAACUGUUUGCUGCUUGUUUGGAAUUGGUGACAGAAUUCUCCCCAAAGCUCCGUCAGGUAAUGCUAAAUGAGAUGCUACUCUUGGACAUUCACACUCAUGAAGCUGGACCAGGGCAAUCAGGGGAGCGACCCCCUUCUGAUCUCAUCAGCAGAGUCCGUGGAUAUCUGGAAAUGAGGCUUCCUGAUAUCCCUCUUCGACAAGUUGUAGCAGAGGAGUGUGUUGCGUUUUUAUUAAAUUGGCGAGAAAAUGAAUAUCUGACUCUUCAGGUUCCUGCUUUCCUGCUUCAGAGUAACCCAUAUGUGAAGCUGGGACAGCUUUUGGCAGCUACAUGCAAAGAACUCCCAGGCCCUAAAGAAAGUACUCAGACUGCUAAAGAUCUUUGGGAAGUAGUUGUUCAGAUCUGUAGUAUAUCCAGUCAACAUAAGCGAAGUAAUGAUGGAAGAAUUAGUUUAAUAAAGCAGAGAGAAUCUACAUUGGGUAUUAUGUAUCGGAGUGAACUGCUCUCUUUCAUCAAAAAGCUACGGGAACCAUUGGUUUUGACUACAGUAUUAUCUCUAUUUGUGAAACUUCAUAAUGUUCGGGAGAACUUUGUCAAUGAGAUUACAGCUGAGCACAUUUCUAUUUGGCCUUCUUCUAUUCCCAACCUUCAAUCAGUGGAUUUUGAAGCUGUAGCUGUUACUGUGAAAGAGCUAGUUCGAUAUGCACUAACUAUAAACUCCAGCAAUCAUUCCUGGCUAAUUAUUCAAGCAGAUAUUUAUUUUGCCACAAACCAGUAUUCAGCAGCUCUUCACUACUACCUUCAAGCCGGAGCUGUGUGUUCUGAUUUUUUUAAUAAAGCUGUGCCACCAGAUGUUUACACAGACCAGGUCAUAAAACGUAUGAUAAAAUGUUGUUCCUCUCUAAAUUGCCAUACACAGGUAGCAAUUUUAUGUCAAUUCCUUAGAGAAGUUGACUAUAAAACAGCAUUUAAGUCACUCCAGGAACAAAAUAGUUAUGAUGCCAUGGAUUCCUACUAUGAUUAUAUAUGGGAUGUUACCAUUUUGGAAUACUUGACAUAUCUACAUCAUAAAAGAGGAGAAACCGAUAAAAGGCAAAUUGUGAUAAAAGCCAUUGGACAGACAGAACUGAAUAUGAGUAAUCCUGAAGAAGUAUUACAGCUUGCAGCCCAGAGAAGAAAGAAGAAAUUUCUCCAAGCAAUGGCAAAACUUUACUUUUAAAGUAAAGAAAAAUGUUUCCCAUUCAAAAA